UACCAGUCUUAUUUCGUAGUUGUAGCGGACGAACGUCGGAAUUGCGCAGUGUCAUUACGCUUUGAUAUGUUUACAUUUUUUCGUUUUUUCUGGUGCUUGUGCAAUACCUGACGCACAGUGAAAUGUCUCGGGAAGAUAUCAACGAACAGUCCUCGUCUGGACAUGUUUCUGAUGACGAGGAUGUUGAGUUCAGGAAGGACAAAACUAGUGUAAGACAAAUGAUACUUCGCUUUGAAAGAACUGGUAUUCCUCUGGGGGGUUCGAGUGAAUCCCUCGAGAGAUCAAAGGACCCUAUGUUAGGAAGUUUAAGUAGUGUUGUGAACCCAAUUCAAGCUCAUUUUCAACAUUUAUCACCAGUGCGUUUAUCACAAGAUAGAAACUCAAAUGUGUCUGUGAAUUCUAUCUUAUCAAACGUUUCGGAAAUAAGUUUUGAAUCAAGCUCUUCAGGUUUUGCAUCUGAUAGGAAAUCCUCUUCCCUCAAACCUCACCGACCAGCUCCAGCGCCUCCAGAACCAUUUAAUGACAGCUCUUCUGUAGACAGUAAAUCUUCCUUACCCGAAGAUAUUGUGACUUCGUUAGAUGAGAGGAGAUAUUCAUUUACAACACCUUCUUCAUCCCCCAUAGUUUUGCGGCGUUCUAGACAACCGCCGGUAAUACGAAGGAAAUCAUCACUAGGAGGUCAGGGACGAUUUGGCGAAACACAUUGGUCAUAUGGUGUAAGACAGAUUGAUUUAGAAAAAAUACUGAGGUUAAAAGUAUCAGUGCCGUCAGAUAACGAAGAAGAUACAAAGAACAAUGAGUGUCUCGAUGCAACAUUACUUAGUGACAGCAGUAGUGAUGAUUCUAAUGACAGUGAUAAGUUAGAGGAAGGUAAAGAGUAUAUAGUCAAUAAUGAUGAUGGUAAAACAGAUACAUUGUCGACGGAUCAAUCCACAGAUACGUUAAUAAACGACUAUGAAAGCGAUGAUGGUGACAAUUUAUCGGAAGAUCAGAGUAAUUUUGAUAAUGUGAGCAUCAAAUCUAUAUCUUCAUUGGAUAUGGUACCCUACCAAAAGUAUGACACCAUCACAGUAUCAUCGGAUGAGUUUGGUUCCGAAGUUUGCCAUGCGCCUGUUACAGAAUUUCUUACUGUUAGUGCAGUAAACGAGUGGUGUGUUUCAAAGUCCACAGGACCGGUAUUAAUGCCAGUUGAAUCAAAAAAGGAGAAAUAUCGAAGACGGUUAACAGAACGUGUGAACGAAUUGCUGCAUACGGAGAACGUUUAUGUGGAGAGGUUGAAGCAUGUUGUUGAUGAUUAUAUACCAUUGACGAUGAGGCCAGACAUCCCACCGACAAUCAGAGGCAGAAAAGGAGAUAUAUUCGCCAAUAUUGAAAGGAUAUGUCGCUUCCACGCUGAGGAAUUUCUCCCGGCGCUUAGAGAUUGUGAGAAUGAUCUCAGAAAACUUGGCCAGUGUUUUAGGAUAUUCGAACAAAGGUUUAACAUGUAUGUAAUGUACUCUAGGAAUAAUAAGAGAGCAACUAGACUGGUCUAUGAAAAUAAACAUUUCUUCGAGGAGCGACAGCUAGAAUUAGGUGAUAGGUUGGACCUACCGAGUUAUCUAUUGGAACCAGUGCAAAGGAUACCGAGGUAUAAAUUAUUUUUGGAUGAUCUAGUGAAGACUUAUACUAAUUAUGAAAAUGAAAAAUGUGAGUCGGAUUCACGGAUAUCAAAAUUAAGUGUGGAUAGCGACGAAACAGGUGGAAGUAAUGGAGAUUUAUCGGAUGCUGACGAAACACCUUUAGAGAGUUUGAAACUCGCGAAAACUAUGAUAGAAAACGUUUUAACAGCUAUUGAUGGUAUAAUGGCUUUAGAGAACAUAACAGACUGCCCGGCGUAUUUGAACUUAUUUAAUCAGGGUAGACUGUUACGUCAAAACGAGUUUUAUGCAAUGGAUAACGCACGCCGGCGCCGUCAGCUCAUGCGGGUCUUCCUCUUUGACAAGUUGCUCCUCAUUACAACGGUUUAUCGGAAGCAAUUGACCGUGGAUUUUUUUAUAUAUAAAGAUCAUAUCCCGGUGGAUGAUCUAGGAAUCACAGCAAAGGAACACGAUCAAUACAAGUUCAGCAUAUGGUACAAGAAGAGAAAUCUCAAGUCCUACAAGUUGGAGACGAGAGAUCCAGCCGUCAGGAACAGCUGGGUUGAAGAAAUAACUUCUCUUCUUUGGGAACAGGCCAUGCAAAAGAAAGAACUUCUGAUGCAGCAACGGAAAAAGAGGAUUUCUAUGGUGUCUAUGGAUAGCCAGGAGUCGGGGGAUACGGAAAGAAACGAUGAUAAAUGUAAAUUAGAUGAUUUCGUUUUCGUGAAGUUGCACCCAUGAAUUGCUUUGUAGAUAAUUCUCUUCGAGGCGUUCCUGGUGAAGUGUGUAGGUUGGGAGAGAGGAAGUCCAGACGAACGACGUGGUAUUGCGAGUGAAAGACUAUCCUGAAAAUAAGAGCAUAUUAAAACUUGACUGAAAUUAUUGAUUAACUAGCAUUUCAUGAUUAUGACAAAAUAUGUGUUACUCGUCUUUGAAUAUCAGAUGUUAGCACAAAAUAAAAUACCCUUAGUUAAAUGAGUUGAGAAAAAAAUGUUUAAUUCUCAUUUUAAUAUCAAUAUUUGUAUAAGAUGUUAUAUAAUUCCAAAGAAAUAGAUUGUAUAAGUUCAACAUAAUUAAAUAUUUACUGAUAAUUUAUAAAAUGUUUAUUUACAUGUGAUAAUUUAAAAUUAAGUGUACAGUUUAAGAAAGUCAUAUCAGUCAUUAUUAUAGAAGCUAAUUAUUAUUAUUAUAAUGUUCAAAUUUGUAAAUAGUGGAGUAUGCAAUAAUUACUUUUAUAGACGUUUACAUUCUUAAUCUAGAUUUUAAAGUUAAACAACAUCUUUAAUAAACUCAGAAAUUGAU